AUGACUGACUUUGGAGGCAGCCAUGCCUUCUUUUCGGGAGCGAGACGCAACACGUUGCGGUCCCUCUCUUCUUGCGACGUGCCGACAGAAGUACUGGUACCUCGCUGCGAAGUAUUGUCAAUAGGAGAACCAAAACCACUGUUAGCGCCCGAGUCUCGCGACCUCGAGCGCCUUCGCUUUGGCGAUGGUUCAUCUGACUCGUCAGAUGGACCAAAGAUGCUACGACGCGUAGCAUCAUCCAUGCCACGCUUGGCAGGCGGCUUGGUUUCAACCGCCUUCGAUACGGAACCGUCUUCCGUAUCAGGAGAGUAUGAGACCCGAGCUCAUACUCUGUGA